AUGCCAGUUCACCACCCAACACAUGGCUAUUUUUGGCUUAGCAGUAGUUUUUGCUCCAGGUCCCUGCUUGAGCGAAUCAUGCCAGAACCCAUGCCGGUUGGGAUCAGCAAUCAGGAAUCCGAAGAUGUCAACAGUAUCAAGGUGAAGCGCGUGGCCGAGUAUUUGCCCGAGAAACGUGUCGAGAAGACCAUGAAUCCAAAGGCCAGGGACAGUCCUUUGUGGUUGCUUUACAGCGUCCUCACGGGCGGAUAUUUGGGAUUGUCCGACAAGCUCAUCACCACAGACAGGAAAGUCACGAGCGGAGCUAAGGAAAACAUCAUCAAUGAAUGCACCAACAUGGGCUUGAUCAGUGCUUUGCUGCUCACCAUAGUAGUGCCCAUCUGCUACGAUUCUGUGACGGAUUGGCUGGAAGAAGACUAUGCUGGGAGUGGCUUUCUCUUUGUGGAUGGCUAUAUCGGUUCGCUCCUCACUGAGACUCAAGUCCAAAAUGGCUUGGCAUUCCUGAAUGACUUUGCUUUGAUCUUCUAUGUCAUGGGCAUGCUCGGAUUUCUGUAUGCCACUGGCACAACAGUGGUGCAGCUGCUGUGUGUGGGAGAAGUGGGCACUGAUAGCGGCUGCGAAGACUGGAUGCGCCGAGUGGGCAAAGCCACCCGUGCUCCGUACAUUUUGUUUGUGGUCGGUUGCAUCUUCACAGUCUUUCCUGGGGUCGUUCGUUUCGCGGUGGGUUGCAAGACCCUUGCAGGCCUUAUCUUUCUCCUCUUGGUGGUCGUGGGCAUGAACUUCUCUGGCGUCGCCAUCAACUACGUCUACGUGGCAGGCUGCACCCGAGUGCACAACCAAAUCAACGAGUUUGGAGACUUGAGCUUGUCCAACACGGAGGCACAGCAAGACGUGGAGGCCUGGUUCGAGAAAAACCAGCAUGGCGCUCACGUGCAAGACUGCUUGCUCGACUUGUGUGGCAUUGUCGAAGACAAGAAGGCCAAUAGCGAGUUGAUCAUCCCACUGGACACCGUCUCAAAGCGGCGCGUUGCUUUGCACUACCACAAACUCUGCUCCGAGAGUCUUGGCAUUACCUUGCCAGCAGAGGAGCUCUACAAACUCAGCUGUCAGUUGUUCAUGCUCCGGGAGAUCCAACUCUGCUUUCGGGAGCUUCCAGCAGGCGACUUGGAGGUGUGCGACGCGCUCUCGCUGCAGAUGUGGUUGCCAUUCCUCCGAGAGUCCUACCGGAUCGUCGGGUAUCGGGACAUCCCUCCGCAGAAGAAGCUGCCGAAGCUGACAUCCGUUCUGCCUAUCGCCGGAGGGCGCUGGCAACGCAUCCAGCUAGUUGUCAAGGCCUUCGAGACCCUGGCGGACCCCCGGCGGAGGGCGGCCCAUGAUCGCGAGCUCGAGCGCGCAAACUCGGUUGCUCCAGUGUCUAUAGGAGAGCAAGACGGAGGUCAACAGGGGCCAAGGGAGACAAAAUCCGGGGAGGCCAAGCCCAAGCGUAGAUGCGAGGCUCCGUCUGGCGACCAGAGCGCUGCUUCACCGCGGCCCGAGGAGAUCCCCAAACUGGCAAAGGAGCUCUUGAGCCUUUCUCUGACAUUCAUGCGCUCCCGCUUGAAGAAGUUGGGGCUGGAAGUGCUUCGUGAACUGUUGACGUUUCUUGAGACAUCCGGUCUCCGAGCUACAUCGGAGUUCGGUGAGGACGAGAGGGAGAACUACUCAUCAGCUUCCGAGGACGACCCGGAAGAUGUCCUCCCCCUUUGUGACGAUGAGUGCCCGGAUCUUCUUUGUGAAGAUGACCUUGAGAGCGAAACUAAGCUUCACCCCGACUGCAGGGCUGCUGGCCGAAGUGGUGUCAGGGGUGUAACUUUACAUCGCGCUACUGGGAGCUAUCGAGCAAGCGUGGGAUUCAAGGGCAUUUCUGUACAAUCGCAGUACUGCAGAAAUUUGGACACGAUUAUUGACUUUCACAUGAGUCUGGUAGAGAUGCGUCAUCACUUUUUCAAGGAGUGUGAGGCUGGCAAACCCUUCGACCAAGCACUAGACCUUGCAACUAAGCAGCUGCAUCGGGAAAGGGAAGGAGCCAAUGCACCAAAGAUGAGGCUCUCGUUCCUGUGCGCACGUGUGACAGGCGGUAGAACAAUACGUCUGGAUGAGAUGAAGUUGGUGUGGCAAGCUUACCAAGAGGCUCUUGCUAUGGCACGUGAAGAGAAGCUGCUUCGCCUUCACCAGCGCGCGCAAGAAAGGGCAGCAAGGAAGCAGGAAAUGGAGCAGGAACGAAGAGAGUCAAAGCACACAGCCAAAGUGCAGGCCCUGCAUGUGGCUCUGCAAACUGAGCUUGAGAUGCGCGCAAAGCGCCUUCUCGAGAAGCAGACGCAGCAAGCGUUUGGUGUGAAGACACUGCCCCAGGGCAUAGUCCUCGCCAGCUUGCCGGGGGUCCCACGGCUCAACGCGUGCGCGAGUGCACAGCUUCAGCUAAAGGAUGGCUCUCUUUGUCAGGGCCCUCUCCGUGCGAGCCUGGUCCUGGCGAAGCGCGACCUCCAAGAACUUUCGGCCAUCCGAGAAGCAAAGGGCGACGAUGCGGCACAGGAGGAAGCCUCUCGGAGAGAUGCGGACGUCAUGACUUCUUUCUUCAUGACUGGCCGGCUGCCUUGA